AGCUGUGUGUACUUGCCUCCCCUUUUAUAGUUUGCCGACGGUUUAUUACUUUAGUACAGAAAAGAAGAACACAGAGACACCCAACUUUUCAAACUCCCCCCAGAGCUCACUCUUUAUAUUCCGCAAGAUCCUACACUCCAUCAUCGUCAGCACCAGUCCGAUCGUGACUUAGAUUUUCUCUCCCUGUCUGCGUCUGGACAAAGAAAGAAAUAAAGAAACAAGACAGAAGGAGAUGAAGAUGGUUCAGUCCAAGAAGUUCCGGGGCGUGAGACAGCGUCACUGGGGCUCUUGGGUUUCCGAAAUUCGCCAUCCUUUGUUGAAGAGAAGGGUGUGGCUGGGGACGUUCGAGACAGCCGAGGAGGCGGCACGAGCCUACGACCAGGCCGCCAUCCUGAUGAGCGGCCGCAACGCGAAGACCAACUUCCCAAUAUCUCAAACCCCGAACGGCGACCCGAAAACGGGCGAUGGCGGCAACAGCAACGCUGCCACCGCCAAUUCCUUGUCUUCCUCGAAGCACUUGGCGGAGAUCCUCCAUGCGAAGCUCAGGAAAUGCAGCAAGACGCCGUCGCCGUCCCUCACCUGCCUGAGGCUCGACACCGAGAACUCCCACAUCGGCGUCUGGCAGAAGCGCGCCGGCCAGCGCUCCGACUCCAACUGGGUCAUGACCGUACAGCUCGGCAAAAAAAAUGCCGAUGCCAUUGGAGAGUCUGGAGACCCUCUGCCACUUCCUCAUCCUCUUUCCACUUCUUCUUCCACUUCUUCUUCGUCGUUGCCGUCGUCGUCGUUACCGCCGCCGCCGCCGCCGCCUUCGGAGUCGAUGGUGAGAGGGGGCUUGGACGAAGAAGAGAGGAUUGCCUUGCAAAUGAUUGAAGAGCUCUUGAACAGGAACUGCCCUGACCCUCCUUUUGGAAACCCAGCGGAGGAGGAGGAUAGUUUUUAUCUCUAGUCCUUUAAAAAUGGUAAAUUUAAUGUGGUUUUAUGAUAUAAAUAACAAAUGUAUCGUGUAUAGAGUAUUGCAAGAAUUCGUCAUACUUUUGGAAAUGAUAAUUGUAAUGUAUUGGUGAACAUAAUGAUGCUCGAGAUAAAUAAUGUUUAUAACGACUGAAAUUGGGGGUAGAUGAAUAAAUUGAGGGAAUUGUGGGGAUGUAUAAGUAAAUAUGUUAAAUUGUGGGGCAAAAUGUGUGGUUUGAAUGCAGGAAAGAAAAGGAUGGGAUGGUUAUCAUGGUUAUCACUUGACAGCAUUUCUUAUAAUUUUGUUUCUUUUUGUUUGUUUUAUUCAACUACCAUGUCAUAUAUUGCGAGAUGUUAUGCUACUGCAUGCGUCAUUUGGCUUCUAGGAGGUUAUAUUAAGGUUUUUUAUGAUUUCGAAAUAUUUUCAUAUACCGCUUGACAACGAAUCUUAUAUAUUAUUUAUAUA